AUGAAUGUCAGAGGCUUAAUUAGAGAGGAAACCUGCGCCAGCGUUAGUCCCUCCGACACCGUCGCGCUUCACAGUCGUUCAUUGCGUACAGAUUACAUCAAAGCAGCACGCGCCCGCCGUAGCCGUUCUCCGCAAAUGAGCCGGCACUUUUGCCUGGCGGCAGCAGUUUUGUUCGCGGCACUAUGCUUCGCUGAGGCCCAGAGACGUCUAGCUUUACCAGAUCCCAGGAGUUGUGCCAACCGAGUACGCCAUUCGACAUACCGCGAUGCACGGGGAGUACUACAUUCGUAUUUCUUUAGCUGGGAACAUGCUCCAACACGCAGCUUAGAAGUGGAUUGGCUGGACGCAAGGAACAUCUGCCGCAGGCAUUGCAUGGACGCUGUUUCCUUAGAAACACCCCAGGAAAACGAAUUUGUAAAGCAAAGGAUCGCUCGCGGAAACAUACGUUACAUUUGGACUUCUGGUCGUAAAUGUAAUUUCGCCGGCUGUGACCGCGGUGACCUACAGCCUCCAAAUGUGAACGGUUGGUUCUGGUCAGGUUCGGGAGCCAAGAUCGGGCCCACCACCCAACGUAACACGGGCGAUUGGUCUUACACCGGUGGCUACGGUCAAGCGCAGCCUGAUAACAGAGAAGCUGCUCAAGGUAACGACGAGUCCUGUCUGGCGAUACUUAACAACUUCUAUAAUGAUGGCAUUAAAUGGCACGAUGUGGCUUGCCACCACGUAAAGCCAUUCGUGUGCGAAGACAGUGAUGAACUACUUAAUUUUGUCCGAUCACGGAACCCGGGACUGCGUCUCUAAGCUUCUCACCCUUCGAGUAGUUUUGAUGGCUGACGUUGACAUUGUACAAAGAGCGGCUAGUAGAUUUACUACGUUUAAGUUAUUUAUUUUUUUAUAAUGUAUCGUUCAAAAUUCGUGUAUCAAAAACGUUAACCAGAUUGAAUAAAAUUAUGGUUUUUCAAAAUGAAACGUUUUCGUUUUGUUUUGUACAUAUUGUUAAUCUGAAUUUAAUUUCAAAAUUCAUAUUGUAAAGUUUUUAAUUGCACCAAUGUAACUAACGUAUACUAGAUAGCAUUAAAAUACGUGUACGUUU